AGAGAAUUUAUGAAGGACUGCGAUAACACAAUUUCUGUGGCAUUACAAGCUCCUCAGAUUGGAGGGAGACCUGCAGACGAAUAUAAUACUUUGUUCCACAAAGAAAAGGAAACAUUAGACAGUAUAUUUGGCAUUACUAUGCCUGGUCCUGAAACUAUACCUAAAAGUAAAGAACAUACUUUACAAAUGAUUGCAGACAGUGAGAACGUUCCUUGUGUAGGUUUGUAUUUUCCUUUGGACUUCGCCAGUCUAAUCAAUUCAGAUGUUCUCUUGUUAGAAGUGGAGAAGGGUCUCGCACGACCACCUCCGAUGAAAGAAAUGGCAGAUGUGGUAAUGGGAAACAUUUGUGAAAGCGGGCCCUUUGCUACCGUUCAUUGGAGAAAUAAGUCCGGAGAAAUUUGUACGGCGGGUGCAAGAUCUGGAUCCAUCGAUCCAGCUACGUGUACAAAGAAGAUAAAUUACCUCGCAAAAGCAGCAAACUUGUUGCCUGAAGCAAUAAUGCACGCAGUGAACGAGUACAAUAUACAGUGUUUAUAUAUUGCACAUCCACCAUAUGCCAGGAAAAUAGACGAAUUACUAAAAGGUAAACUACCUCGAGUGUUCUCACGAUCAGACAUCCUGGCAAAUGUCGACUUGGCCAACGGACCUUUCUCUCAAAUAAAGGAUGAGUAUUAUAUGUCACUCUUGGAACAAGAGAUGUGUGCCCGUUCUGACGUCUUUCUAUCCUGCCGUAAGUCCGCUUGGUCACGUGUAGUGAGAAAUGAACGUGAGGCUCAUGGACGGAUAUCGAUAUUCUUGGCUGAUUUGCCAGGAAUACCACCUGAGUUUACUAAUCUAAUCUGAACAAUCGAAGCAAGAUGACAGUAGAAAACACCAUCACAAAUAGUAGCCAACGAAUCAUAGCUCAUUCCUGAUUUCAGGUGUCAGAUAAAUAGGUUACUGUAUCCACAGUACGAACAUAAUGAUUAAUGCAUCGUACAUCUAUUUAAUAAAUACCACUUUACCAUGAUUCAACGAUUUACACUAGCCAUUUAUUAUAAUAUGCAGUAUUGUAGCCGAUAACAGUUUCCGAUAAUAUCGUCUACAUAGCUGUUCUUACCUACGCC